GUUAGGGAGACAGUUACUAUAGUAACAGUUGCAAACAUUAGUGUCACUACGAAUGCAGCAAUACUACUUAGUGUUACAGAGAGGAAUGGCUGCAAAAGAAAACACUUUAAUUGUGAUAGAAUGGCAUGGGAACCAACAACAUCAGAAACAGCUGACUUUGAGCUCUAUAGAAAUGAGGAAGAACAUGCUGGGAUCAGUAUUGUGCCCAGGAAAGUAGAUUCUGGGGAUAUUCCAGUUCUUUGUUCAAUAUGUCAACAAGCAAUAUACCCACAUCAACUUUUUUAUCAUAAAAAAGAGCACAAAGCCCUUGCUCUUCUGGGUUAUCGUCAUCCAUGGAUUGAAACAGACCCCAACAAUCUUUUACUUCGGAGACAGCAAUUAAUUUCAAGACUGCUCAAGUCUUCUAAAUACACUGAAAGAGACAAACAGAAGAUUGAUUGCUCAUUAGAGCUACUUAAGAAUAAAUCAUAUUUUCACGUUGAUAAUAUUGUCGACAGUUCUGGAUACCUCAAGAAAGUAAACAAUUCUCUAAUAAAAGCAUUAGCAAUUUACCAAGACAAAAAUUCAACAUGGCGAGCAGAUAUGGAAGAUACAUUCAUUGUGCUUGAUAAUUAUGGAAAUAGGUCAGAUACAUGCUUUUGGGGAUUAUUUGAUGGAUAUCAUGGUGUGUUUGCUGCUGAGACAGUUUCAGCAGAGUUUCCACUUUUAUUUCUUGAUCAAUUGUCUCAGACUGAUUCCUCCUACGAAGUGAGUGAAAAUGAGCAACAAAUCUUAGAUUCUUUUGUCACGGUAAUCAAGGGAAAUUACAGGGAUCAGGAGAAGGUUUUCUCUGGUAAAAUAGACUAUAAGAAGACCACCAAGCCAAACACUUAUGAAUGGAUUCAUAAAGCAUAUGCCAUGUCCUUUUGGAGAAUGGACAGGCUUUUACGACUUGGAAGGAAUGAAGUUUCCAAAGUUCGCUGGAGUAGCUGUACAGCUGUUACCUGUUUAGUGGAAAGAAUCAGCAAUGAAAAGAGCAUCAAGGAGCAAGAGGAAGCUAUUAUGCUUGAAAACAAUGGUAAUAAUUCAGAAAACCCAUCCAAAAGCAGUGCCGGAAUACUUCAUGUUGCUAACAUUGGUAAUAUACAUGCAGUCUUAUGCAAAAAUGGAAAAAGCUACUGCCUUACUAAAGAACACAGCACUUCUAAUUCAAAGGAAGCAGACCGUAUACUUCAGACUGGUGGAAACAUCAGUCCAAAUGAACCAAAAGGACUAGUCGAAGGACUCAUCAGAACUACCCGUGGCCUUGGACAUCAUGGAGAUCCAAAAUUGAAAAAAAUGGUUAUUCCUGUACCUCAUACUGUAUCUGUCCCUAUAGAUGAUUCAUGUCAAUUCCUUAUUUUAGCUUCAAAUGGGCUUUGGGAAGUUCUGGAUAAAAAUGAAGUGGUAAUAUUAACAUUAAGAAUGUUCACAUCUUAUUUGAAAAUGCAUACCCAAUUAGAAGAGAUUGCUAUGCACAAACAUCAGUAUUCAAUAGUUCCCUAUGAAGAUUAUUUAUGUAGUUUAAUGGAUAUCAAUGACUUAAAAGGUGAAAUCCAAUUAUGGUAUAUCAAUAAAGAUGCUUUCCUUCAGAAUCAAUAUGAAGGCAGUCUGAAACAAAAUAAUACAAAGGAAUGCUCAUGUAAGAGAAGAGAUUCACUAAAUGAAAACAGGAUAGAGCCAGGCUCUAGCAGAGAGAGUUCUGAAGAAGUGCAGCAGUUAGAUGAUCAUGUAGAACAAGCCGAUAUCAAAGCUUGUUUGUCUAAUAAUCAUAGAACCGGUUCACAACACACAGAAAUAAUCCAGUCAGUCUCUGGCAGUCAAAGUUCUGAAGAAGUGAAACAGUUUGACAAUAAUGCAAAAGCAUAUAUAUCUAAUAACUGUGGAUCAGUGUCAAAAAUUACCAGCAAAGGAGAAAUAAAUUCUGCGACAUUUUAUGAUAGUGCAGCAAAUUACAUUAGUGAACAACUUGUAAAGACUGCCUUAGCAGCAGGUUCUCGAGAUAAUAUUACUAUUUUGGUUGCACUUCUAAAUGGAUGCGACAAGAUACCUAAUUAUGUUCAAAAUGUGCAAUGUACUUAACAGAGUGCAUAUAAUAUAACCUAGAUUUAGACAAGUCAAGUUACACAUCCUAGAACACCAUCUUUACCUUAUCAACCUACUUGUUUGUAACCUGUGUUAAAGCAUUAACUGCUAAAAUGCAAUAAAGGUUUCUUGUUGAAUUCAUGGCAAGAAUAAUCACAAUGCUUUCCUGUUUUAUAACCACUUUAUUCAAACCUGAGCACCUCAAUAUAAAACUAAACACUGGUGAACUGUCAUUUUCCUUGCUAAGCCCAAAUUACUGCAAAUUUACAAUCUGCACAAGUUUUUGCGAGCAGUUCAACAUUUAAAUAGAUUAAAUUGUCUCUUCUGACACACUUGGUAAAUUUCAUAUAAUGAAAAUAACAAAGAAUUAGUGCAAUAUACUGGACAGAUCAAAAUAAAAUGGACUUUGGAAAACAAGGUUGCAGAGUUCAUUACUGACAGACAGCAGUACUUAUGUUACAGGUACAGGAGCAUCAGUUAUUACUGUUCUAACCAUAAAGGAAGAACUUAGAACCCCUUUAAAGCAGGGAAAAAGAAAAGUUAGCUUUAAGUAACUGUACAUUUUGGAUACUUUUAAGCAACUCUUAAAUAUUACAGAAAGUAUUAAACAAAUGUAGACUACAAUGCAGUACCCUAUUUACAGUACAUUAAUAUCCAAAUUUAAAAUCAAGUUGAAUGUACAUAAUUAUUAGUGCACUGACUUAUUUCCUUUGGGGAAAAACAUAAGAAACUGUCUAAUGGUCAGCAAUGAUCAAAAACAAAAAAAAUCACAGACACCUAGUUUGUCUUUGUUUUACUUGGAGAGCUCUUAUGGUUUGUGAACAAAAAUCCUGUAAAGUUGAAUUCAUUGGUUUGUGCCUUUAUAAACAGAUAAAUAUGGAGUUAAACUUGAUUUUUAAUUACUAUUUUCUUUAAACCACUGGGCUGACUAUAAUUUACAUACAGUGUAACAACUAAAAUCCAUUUUUCUGCAAGCAUUGGGGUUUUAAAAUUGUUAAUGCUGCAAGUACUGUUUGCAGUUAAAUUAUUAAAAUGUGGAAUGCAUAUUUAAAUGGUAGGUACUUGCAGAAACAAUUGGUUGCAUGAAUACUGCAAAUAAGCUUAAAGUAUCGUUAGACCCUGUUUCUAGAAAGAUUUUUUUUAAA